UGUGUUGUCCGCUGCAACUGAGGCACUCACUGCCUUCAUAAGAAGCUUUGAAUCUCCAACAGUAGCUUCUACCAAUGCAGUCCUUCUUCAGCCUGCGUUGGCAUACCUUCGUGUUGCUUUGUCCUAUAUAUCAUCCUUUUCUGCCAAGCUGUCACCAAAUAUAAAACCUGCACUAGACCUUUUCACGAUCAGAACAUUAAUGGCAUAUCGUUCUGUCUCUGAUCCUGUGGCAUAUAAAAGUGAGCAUCCACAAAUUAUUCGGAUAUGUACUGGCCCAUUCAGUGAUCCUUCUGGAUUUGAAGAAAGCUCGUGUUUGAGGUUAUUAUUAGAUAAGAGGGAUGCAUGCUUAGGCCCCUGGAAGCCUGGAAGGGAUUGGUUUGAAGAUGAACUGCGUGCAUUUAAUGGUGGGAAGGAUGGACUAAUGCCAUGUGUUUGGGAUGAAGUUUGCGGCUUUCCUCAGCCGGAGCCCAUUAGCAAAAUGUUGGUCAACCAGAUGCUCUUGUGCUUUGGUACCAUUUUUGCAAGUCAGGAUAAUGGUGGAAAGUUGAUGCUUCUCAACAAAAUUGACCAUUGUCUCAAGACUGGGAAGAAGCAGUCUUGGCGUGUUGCCAGCAUUACAAAUGCAUGCGUGGGCCUACUGGCAGGGUUGAAGGCAACGCUUGCUUCGCGUCCCCAAACACUGGCUGCUGAAAUAUUAAGUACUAUACAAUCUAUCUUUCUGGGAAUUCUGGCAGAUGGUGAAAUUUCUUCAGCGCAACGAAGAGCAUCUUCUGAAGGUCUUGGUUUAUUGGCUCGCCUUGGGAGUGACAUCUUCACUGCAAGGAUGGUCUGUUUCAUAUAUAACCUUUUUGUGUAA